AACACCUCCGUAUUACAGGGAGCUGUUGUUAGCUACGACGCUCGGUCUCUGUUGCUUUGACCGCGUGGGAAGGUUAAGCACAAACUGGCACAGGAACAGUCGAAGACGAGGUGUGCUCACGAAGAUCGUCUCUGUCUGUGACAGUCUUUGUGACACUUGGCUCUCUGAUACUAACAAUACACUCUUUAAGCAAGUGUGCAGUAAAGCAGACGUCUGCAGCCAACACACUGACACCUGUAUCAGGCUGUCGUUAGGGCUUCGGUCGCACAUGAAGAAAAAGUAACAUUAUUUUAAUUUUAUCUUUAAUUGUGAGAUUCUGUCCUCCAAAACCCUUUGUAAAAUCACUCCAGAGUUGGUUUGGGUCUAGGAUCACAUGGAAAUGAAGGAUGGGCAGAGCUAACAAGACACAGGUGGGGACAGUUGAGCAAUCACCAUAAACGGAAUCACAGGAACAGGAACAGGAACAGGUGGAUGGAGAGGGAAUGGAGAACCUGGGAGAGAAAAACCACAAAGGUUUGUUUCUUUUGAGGACCAUAGACAUGGAAACCAGAUGUGGUGACAACCAGAAACCAGGACAGUUCAGCAGCGUAGGGGUUAAGAGGAGCCGGGCGUCGUGAUUGGCUGCCGGCCGGCGGUCUCCAGCAGCCUACAGAAAAGAGGUAACCAGGCAACCUCAGAGAAGGCGAGCGAGGGAGAGAGCGAGAGAGAGAGAGAGGGAGGAGAAGAGGGGGCAAAGGAGUGAGGAGAGGACAAAAUUCGCGCUGAAAGAAGCAUGGCAUAGUUUCUUGGGGAUCGCGAAGAAAAAGAUGUAACGAAGCUCAAUAGCCUUCUUACUGGAAUGGAAAAGUGGAUUACUCUACCUGCUGCAGCUCAGUGUGGAUGUCUGACUAAACCAAGACGGGAAUGAGUGGAUUCUAAAGCACUUUCGCAAAAUGGGAAUAAACUGUUAGUUUUUGCUGUGGUUCAAAGCUCUCUGUGGGUGUGUGUGGGAUGUUGUCUCAGGGCUAAGGCCCAUUCUCUCCCAUGAGCCUGUGUGCCCACACCCACACCUGGCGCCUACACACACACAGCCGGCGCCCACGCACGCACAGUCGACACUGACGCUGUGAACUGGACCGUCAGAUCCCAGCAGAGCCAAGUGGUGUCCAGCCCAUUUGGACGUCAAGAAUGUCAACAGAGACGGAGCUACAGCCAGCGGUCAGGCCCGGCAGCAUCAGACGAGACUCCAGGAGAAAAGGGCAAGAUCGCAGCGAGGCGGCGCUCAUCAGACGUUUUAAAGGAGAUGGCGUUCGUUACAAGGCCAAGCUCAUCGGACUGGAUGAGGUCACCGCGGCCCGUGGAGACAAGCUGUGCCAGGACUCUAUGAUGAAGCUUAAGGGUAUCGCUGCGGCAGCACGGUCCAAAGGAGAACACAAACAGAAGGUGUUUUUGACUGUUUCCUUUGGUGGGAUCAAGAUCUUUGAUGAAAAGUCAGGGGUUCUACAACACCACCAUGCAGUCCAUGAGAUCUCCUACAUCGCCAAGGACAUCACAGACCACCGGGCCUUUGGCUACGUGUGCGGGAAGGAAGGGAACCACCGUUUCGUGGCCAUCAAGACGGCGCAGUCGGCUGAGCCUGUGAUCCUGGACCUGCGGGACUUGUUCCAGCUCAUCUAUGAAAUAAAACAAAGGGAAGAGAUGGAGAAGAAAGCCCAGAAAGACAAGCAGUGUGAGCAGGCUGUGUAUCAGACAAUUCUGGAGGAGGAUCUAGAGGACCCGGUCUACCAGUACAUUGUGUUUGAGGCGGGACACGAACCCAUCCGUGACCAAUCAGAUGAGAGCAUUUAUCAGGUUCCCACCAGUCAGCAGAAGGAGGGGGUUUAUGACAUCCCAAAGCGACACCCAAACGGACAUCAGAUCACCCCCCACCGCCACCGUCAUCAGCAUCAUCAUUACCACGAUCAACAAGAACAAACAAAACCACAGCAGCAGCAGCAGCAACAGCCACCAGUGGCAGAUCUGAUAGAUCUGGAAAUGGUGACUGAGAACAUCAACCAGUUAGAGAUUUUUGGAGACAUGUCCACACCUCCUGACAUCACCUCUCCCUCUACUCCCGCAUCUCCAGCCAACACCCUUGACCCCUCGCAGGGCCUGCAGCCUCCCACAGAACUGUUUGCUCCCUUCAAUCCUGCAUCUGUGCCCUCAGGUUAUGUGACAAUGGGGGCAGUUCCCCCCGGCCACUGGUCCCAGCAGGCAUUUGCUGCACAGACACCGCUGGCUUUUGGGGUCCAGUCUCCACUGGGCCCUGUAGCUCAGGUGCUGCCAGGUGGACAGCCUCUCAUCUGGGGACAGGCCAACAUCUUCCCUGCCACCCAGCAACAGUGGGCAGCCAUGGCAGCCGGAGCCUUUUCUCCUACAGCCUACCUCCCCGCCCAGCCUGUGGGCACACUGCCCGCUGCCAUGUUCCAGACUCUCGCCCCUGUCACCACUGUGACUCCUGCCGGAGAGAGCCUCUCAGCUGCCGGGGCCAGCGCUUCGGCAUCUUCCCCUUCGGCGUCCUCGAGUCCACAGCACGGGGAUAGAGGGAAGAAGUUGAACAAGGAAAUGUUCAAGGACUUUCAACUGGCAAAGCCUCCGGCCAUGCCGUCGAAAAAGGCUGACCAGCCCUGCUUAGCGGGAACCUCAGAGGCAUUCAGCACUUACUUCAGCCGUGUGGGCACCGCCCAGGACACGGACGACUGUGACGACUUUGACAUUUCGCAAAUGAAUCUGACGCCGGUCACGUCCACGACACCAUCCACCAACUCACCACCCACCCCGGCUCCUAGGCAGAGCUCCCCCUCCAAGUCCUCCGUCUCACAUGUCAGUGACCCCCCCACCGAUGCCACAGACCCCCCCACGGAUGACUCGUUCGGAGAAGCGGAGGGCAGCCCCAGCCGCAGUGGAGAGGAAGACGCUGCUUGUGGUUCUGGGUCGCCCUGCCCCUGUGAACCAGCAGAGCCCAACCCAGAACAAGCCAGUCCAGAGGCUGGGAGCUAGAUAGAGCAAGGGCACGGUGAGGAAGGACCCUCUCUACGCCCAGAUCAACAAAGGGAAGAAAUAAAGAGACGCACUGAAAAGACAAAGCUGACCAUUGAUGAGAGAACAGGAGGAGUGUGUGUGUGUGUGUGUGUGUCCUCCAUAUUCGUGUCCCUUUUCUACCCUCGGGCAAACAUCCUCCAAAGAUGGCAGCCCACAUUUUCUUCUCUGCACCUGAACUCCUCCUCCUUUUUUCUCCUCCUCAUCUACACAUCCUUUCCUCUCCCUGAAGGGGAGGGAGUCCUCCCAGCCGGUCACCCCAGGCCAGGGGGGAUGUCAAUCAACCCAGUUUGCCCUUCACUGUGUGCCGUCUCCUUUUCUCUUCCCUCCCUGCGGCGAUUCACACCCAGCCUUACUGACAUAACCCGAUCCUCCCUCCACCCCUGCCGGCACCUCCGCCUCAUCCUCCCUGUCUGUGCUCUCUCACACCUCCCUCGGCCUCCCGUGUCCGGCCAGCGUCAGUGCUGCCAAGGAGGGACUGAAUCAAGCAGUGCCUCUCUAUCUCCGACAUCCACCUGCACACGUGCACGCCCAUUGGGAUUAGAGUGUUCAUUUUUCUUUCUAACAGUGUGAAAUCCACCUGAUCUGUAGCAAAGACAUCCAACGGGAGGAGCUGGACUUGUUACCGGCCCGUCGACAGUGGUCCGUUGCUGGGAUCAGUGCCUCUGCUUGGUCAUUGGUUUGAGUGCUUUUUAACCAUUCUCGUGAGUGUCUGCUGGAUCGCUAUGCAGAGACAGACUCUUUGUGAGCUACUCACACAUCGACAGAAAUGCUGUGCACACAGCCUACAACACACACAUACACAUAACUGCUCCUACACACACACACAUACACCACUUGAUGAUUUGCCAAACACCCCACCUCUCAGACAGACUUGUUGGAAAGCCAGAGGACCAGACAAACUGAGGAAUGGACCAUGAGAGGAAGGUGUUGCCAGUCAGGCAGAUCCUGUGAUUGAACUGGUUCUUCUCUAUAGCUUUUGUACAAUACUGAUUUAAAAGGAAAAAAGGAACAAAUUGAAAAAAUUAAUUUUUAUUUUAUAAGUCAAUCAUGCCACUGGAGUCACCUCUAUCGUAGUUAUAGAGUCAACUUGGCUUUAAGGCAUCUGAUCAUUGGUUUGCCAAACUCAUUUUGUAAAUAAUAACGACCAUUCUGUCCACCGGACUUCUGUGCCAUAAAAUAGGAAGGUUUCAGUUAUGCAAUCUUUUGACUUAAACCCAAGCAAUAGCCACAUUUGUUUUCCUUUUUUCCUGUUUUGCCACCUGCUUCUUUUCUGCUGUCCAAUAAUCCUUGUUUUUGCUCACGUCCGUGUCCAGGCACCACUGCUUUUCUCACACUGUCACCGUGUCAUUAUGUCCCGGUGAUUUAUAUUGGCCAAACACCAUGGGUGUUUUUGUUCCCCAAGAUUUUAGUCCUAUGUUGCAGGCAGCAAACAUUGUCUUUUCAGUGUCCUUCUCCGUCUCUCCAUCCCAGUCUCCCACAACAGUCAUAUAAUGUGAUGCUGUGCCCAUCUAGCUGUUGUUCAGGUGCCAAAACUGCUGCGGUCCAAAUGUUUGUGUGUGGACCGCAGCAUCCUCUGCUACAGCUUCAUCGACUGUGAUGGCAACGACCCCCUAUUUUAUGGCCAGAGCCCCCGUGUCACUUGAGAACUCUUUUGGAGUAUGAUGUUGAUUGACUUAACAAAUGUGAUGACAGGAAGACAAGCAAAGAAGAUGAACAAAAAGGGAAACAUUGCUGUUUGAGUACAUAGCAUUUCUACACCUAUUUUAACUUUACCUCAGCUAACAGUUUCUUAAUGUAAAUUGACACAUUAUUUUUAUCUUUAUGAAUAUGACAUUCUACAGUGGGUUUUUAGAUGAUUUUUCUUUUUUUGGUUCCCCUUUUGAUUUACGUAUCUCACCAUGUAUUACUGUUACAAAUAAACACAUCCCAAAUGA